GGAAGCCUCACCCGUACAAGUGGUAUCAACCUAAUCAGUGAGCACUUUCAAGGGUGAACUGGGACAUCACAGUUAAAUAUUAGUGCAGUUCUACCAACCUACUAUCCUAAUUAUCGAACACUGAUGACAAGGUCGUCUGUCAAAGAUAUUAGAUAUUGGAUUUAGUUGCGCCAAAUUUACAAGUUUGGAUACUAUGUUGGCUCCCCAAAGUCAUUCUGGAUUUUGUCUCUAAAUUUUUAAAGCCUUAUAUCAAUUUUGAUCAUUACCUCAGAAUUCGACUGGAAAUGAAGGGGAAAAUACAGGAGAAAUAAUGGAGUAGCGCUUUGAAAUGUCUGUUUCUUAGCCUGUCUGAGGAAGAUAAUGCGGAUUUUCCUUUACACGUUACUGUGUUUUAAAUGUCGCUGGGUUGUCUGUGUUUCGCCUAAAUACACGCUAGUUUAUCUAAUUUUGCUACAACUUUUGACAUACCUUUGGCAUAACCCCAAACGUCUCCUGUGUUCGUCUUUAUUCCCAUAAAACACCACAUGACAACCGCAAUGAAAGUUAAAAAUGGCACAUGCUUAAAGAAAUUUAUGGAAAAGAAAAAAACGUCAUACCGUACAACUUAAUGAGUAGUUGACAGAUGCUAAAGCAUCGAUUGCUGUGUAUUUUAAUUGUCAUUGCAAAGUCUGAUUGUAAUUUAAGAGGAUCGACAAAAGAAAGAACAAGCUGUGUAUUAUUAAUUAGGCGCGUGUACUUAAUUACGAGUGCAUCCAAAAUCAAACAGGCUUCCUCAACACUUAGUCAAUGAGUUUCCCAUGCAAGUUAGAAAAUAAAACUACAGUAACAAAAUGUUUUCUGGCAUUCAGUGUGAUAUUUUCCUUCAUCCUAUUAAUGCCAUUUUCAAAACGGAAGGAUAUAUUUACCUAUAAUUUAGAUGAUAUUUUCGAAAAUGGAUCGAUAUGGAGAUUAGCAUUUUGUCAACUACCUUUCCUUAGUACAAAAGAUCUAGUCUGUGGUGGCUUACUGUUGUACUAUUUUCGAAUAUUUGAACGACGCUAUGGAUCAAGAAAAUUUCUGUCAUUCCUAUUUUAUUGUGCUGCAACAACAACAUUCGUUGAACUGUUGAUGGCUUUUAUUUUGAGAAAAUUAAACUUUUCACUUCAUAUACUUCCUUCUGGACCAUUUAACUUGAUUUUCCCACUCUUUGUGCCCUAUUUUCUGGACAUUCCGUGGGUCCCCGUCGCACAUGUGAUGAGGAUCCCAAUAACUGGAAAAUCAUUUCCGUACAUAUUUGGAUUUGAAGUAAGUAUUCAAAUUUAUCUACUUAUUACGUUUUUAGAUUGCUAUGACAUCUCCAGAAUCUUUAUUUGUUUGUAUAUGCGGUUUGGUAAGUCGUGUUUAAUCUUUUAUGCAUCAACCUAG